AUGGCUAUUUGUAUAUGGAUUGGAUAUCCGGAUUUAUUUAUAACUUUUACCUGCAACCCAAAGUGGCCUGAGGUGCAACGUUUCCUUAACGACCGUUGUUUGAAAGCUGAAGACCGUCCUGACAUAAUUUGCAAGUUAUUUAAGAUGAAGCUCGAUUCCUUGAUAGCCGAUUGUAGAAAGAAGCAACUGUUUGGAUCGGUUGCUGGAGGUAAACCCCUACGUCGAGAAAAUGGAAGGACAAUAACAAAGAAUGGCAUUGCCUUAGACAACAGGUACAUUUCUCCCUGCGAGGCUGUAUGUCGGUUGUUUGGCUUUGAUAUACAGCUUAGGGCUCCAUCAGUGGAAAGGUUAAGCUUUCACUUACCCAAUCAACAAAGUGUGAUUUUUGCAGAUGACGAUCUAGUUGACAACAUUGUCAAUAGACCAACUAUAGGACAAAGCAUGUUCUUGGAAUGGUUUGAGGCUAACAAGACAUUUCCAGAGGUUGUGAAUGGUGUGCAAUAUGAUUCAUUCCGCGAUGCGUGUUAUGCUAGAGGCUUAGUUGAUGAUGACAAAGAAUAUAUCGACGCAAUAGAGGAAGCAAGUCAUUGGGCUUCUGGAGAUAAGUUGAGGAGGUUAUUUGUUACACUGUUAAUGACCAGCUGUAUAGGUAAACCUGAAGCUGUUUGGAAUGCUGUGUGGCAACAUUUGUCUGAAGAUGCACAAUAUCAAUUUCGAAAACAAUUGCAAAAUUCAGAUUCUGUGUUGAAUGACAAUCAGAAGAUGAAUUUUGCGUUGGUUGAGAUUGAAAAAUUGUUAUCAAUAAUGGGAAAGAGUCUUAAGGACUUUCCAGAAAUGCCAGUUGCAGAUUUGGAGACAUAUAAUUUAAUAUCAAAUAGGUUGAUACAAGAAGAAUUGGCAUAUGAUCAUGUUAUUCAGGAGAAAGAGAAUAACGAUUUGGUUAGUCAACUGACAGAUGAGCAAAAGGUAAUAUACGAGGAGGUGUUAACAGAUAUUGAAAGCAAAUCUGGUGGAUUUUUCUUCGUUUAUGGAUAUGGUGGUACUGGUAAGACCUUCUUGUGGAGAGCACUUUCAUCCUCUUUAAGACGGAAAGGUGAAAUUGUUCUAAAUGUUGCAUCUAGCGGCAUAGCUUCUCUUCUGCUACCAGGUGGUCGUACAGCACAUUCUAGGUUCGCAAUACCUAUAUCUGUUAAUGAAGAUUCCACUUGCAACAUAAAACAAGGCACCCCGUUGGCUGAGCUUAUUAUGCAAAGCAAGUUGAUAAUAUGGGAUGAAGCUCCAAUGAUGCACAAGUUCUGCUUUGAAGCCCUAGACCGAACUAUGCGUGAUUUAUUGCGCUCCACAAAUCCAAGAAGCUGUGAAAUGACAUUUGGUGGUAAAACAGUUGUUUUGGGUGACGAUUUUAGACAAAUUCUUCCGGUUAUUCCAAAGGGCACAAGGCAAGAUAUUAUUGGAUCGAGCAUAAAUUCAUCAUACCUUUGGAGAUCAUGCAAAGUAUUUAGGCUAACAAAAAAUCUACGCCUAAGACGUGUAAAAUCGCAAAUAGAGGCCAAAGAGAUUGAGGAGUUUGCAAACUGGAUAGCAGAUAUAGGUGACGGGAAAAUUGGAAAUUCAACGGAUGGUGACGCAGAGUUAACAAUUCCAGAUAAGUUUCUACUUAAAUGUGAAGGUGAUACUAUCUCUACAAUUGUUGAUAGCAUUUUCCCGUUGUUUAGAAGCGCUAAUGGUGAUUUAUCAUACCUUGAGGAUAGUGCCAUAUUGGCACCAACAUUGGAUAUGGUAGAUAUCAUUAACCAAUACAUGAAUGAUCAAAAUCCAAGUGAAGCUAGGACUUAUUUGAGUUGUGAUUCAAUUUGCAAGUCAGAUUCUAAUGCAGAUAUGUUAGCGGAAUUGCACACUCCAGAAUUCUUAAAUGGUCUGCGAUGUUCUAGUGUACCUAAUCAUGCAUUGACUUUGAAAAUUGGGUCACCUGUUAUGCUCUUGAGAAAUAUUGAUCACACUCUUGGCUUGUGCAAUGGUACAAGAUUGAUUGUAACAAGGUUAGCUGAUCAUGUGUUGGAGGCAAAAAUAAUGGGGGGUACAAAUGCAGGUUAUUAA